GUUUACUAAGAUCAGCUGACACGCAAGGUCCACGUGCGCGGAGGUCAGGUGCACCUAGUAACAACCGAUUCAAGGAUCACUCAGGCAUAAUAUUUCUGCAGUUGUGAUCAAGUAUCAUGUUCCAGUUUAUGAAAUUUAGUCGUGCCUUGAUGGGCUCCCAAACUCUCCGACCUUAUACAGUAGGAAGGUACAAUCUUCGCAACAAGUCAUCCAUCCUAGCUGUGAGCCGUGAGGUGGAAUUGGCAUUGUCAGCUCAAGAACCUGUUGUGGCACUAGAAUCCACUAUCAUCACCCAUGGCAUGCCUUAUCCUCAGAAUUUGGAAACAGCUGUAGAGGUUGAACAAAUUAUUAGGAAAGAAGGUGCAGUCCCAGCAACUAUAGCUAUAUUACGGGGACAAGUUCAUGUGGGUUUGUCUGCAGUCGAGUUAGAGACCCUUGCUGAGAAGAAGGAGCCUUGUGUUAAGACAUCAAGAAGAGAUUUUCCCUUUGUCUUAGCAAAGGGUCUAAAUGGAGGCACAACAGUAUCAGGAACGAUGCUUGUUGCACACCAUGCUGGAAUUCCAGUCUUUGUGACUGGUGGCAUAGGGGGUGUUCACAGAGGAGCUGAAAACACACUGGACAUUUCGGCAGACUUGACAGAACUUGGUCGCACUCCUGUUGCAGUUGUUUCAGCUGGAGUGAAGAGCAUUCUAGAUGUAGAAAAGACUCUGGAGUAUUUAGAGACACAGGGUGUAUGUGUGUCAGUGCUAGGAAGUGACAACCGAUUCCCUGAUUUCUUUACUCGAGACAGUGGAUGCAAAGCCCCAUGUCAUGUUGAAACCCCUCUCAUGGCAGCUCACAUGAUGAAUAAGUGGCAGGAGAUGAAGAUAAACUCAGGAAUGCUGAUUGCUGUACCCAUACCAGAGGAACACCAGGCUGAGGGGAAACUCAUUAAAGAAGCAAUUGAUAUAGCAGUGAAGGAGGCAGAGUUAGCAGUGUCUGGGAGGGAAGUGACUCCAUUUAUUCUCCAGAGAGUCUUUGAGAUCACAGGAGGACAGAGCCUCAAGUCGAAUAUUGCUCUUAUUAAAAAUAAUGCCAAGGCAGGUGCACAGAUUGCUGUAGAACUUGCCAGGCUUAAAUCAUCAACAUCAAGUUUUUUACCACCAACGGACUCUCCCACAAAGAAAUCUGGAACUUCAGAGCAAGGAAGACCUGUAUGUUUUAAGGAUGAUGGUUAAAGUUUGAUUAUGUACUGGUUUUGAUGAUUUGGGGAUUAUGAAUGUUAAGCCAAUCAUUAUGGAAAUAGUAAUUUUACUUUCCUUACUCUCUUUCUCUCUCUAAGAACAAGUCUGUAGAUGACAUUUUUAUUUCUCACCAUCUGAGUGAGAAUUAUUUAAUGUAAUGCUUAGUGUCAUAUAUCAUGUAUGAUCCUGAAAUUGAUUUACUGAAGUAAUGGGUAUAAAAAGAUGGUUAGAUUUACUGUUCUCUGUAUUUUUUGUGGUAUAGCUUAAUCUUUUAUUUAUGUGACACAAGUCAGGGUAUUUCUGUGAUAUUACUUGUAGUUAUUCUGGGCCUUUGAUGUACUAUAUAUGGGGUAAAUUUCUUUCUUUAUUAACAAGGUAUACAGUAAACUCUUGUAAAGCAAGGCAUGCAGGAUAUUAAGAGACUGAGAUUGAAAUAAAAAGAGUUUUGGGUUAUCAGUGUACAGUUUGAUUAAACCUGAACUAAAGUCAGAUAGAGAAUGCAUAACACUUUAUAUCAUGGAGACAUUCUACCCAUAGAUAAUUAGAUAAAAGAAUAAAACACAUUUUUCUUGAUAGCAAGAUGUCAAGUUUUAGAAUCAUUGUUAUUGAUAACAUUGAUUUGUUUGUUUGGCAUUGUAGUUUAAUCUGAAUUUGCCAUCUAAAUUUACCAAAUAAGCUGAUAUUCAUCAAUUCUAAAUUCAAAAUGUAAACCUGUAUGUAUAUAGUGGUUUCACUCUUAAUUGCUGGCUAUUUGUUAUGUGAUUCUUAUUGCAGCAAUGAAUGAUAAUCAUGUUUAUUUCAGUAAUGGCAUGUAAUGCAGAUAUAUUUAUUUAUUAGUGGCAUUAUAUAUCAGUGAUUUUCCAUUUAAACAGAACAGUUAGCCUUGCUUUUAUUGAGUUUCUUUUAUUAACAUCUGUGAUAAUGAAUUCUUUACAGUGCAUAAUGCUCUCAGGGUACUUACAACUUCAGUGUGGAUGUUGGUAUACAAUAAAGGCUGUGAUGAUAUAUAAACUCAUCAGUA